CUCUGGGUUGAACUGAAACAAGUGAUCAAGUGAAAUUGCCAGAGUGAGAAGCAAGACCAGACCGAGGAGUGAGUCGAGCGCGUAACAAUGGCGUCGAAUCGUAAGCAACUUAUUGCCACGGCUCUCUGCAAAGAGCUAUCAUUGGAUCCAAAACAGUUUUUGAUGAAUCCAGAGAAAGAUAUCAAGAGCUUGUGUACAGAAAUUAUCAGCUCAACCCCCAGUGGUGCUGCCUUGUUAAAGGAUAAUGAGUUCAUGAAGUGGGUAGAGUUUGCUGACAAAUUCCCUGGGGAUUCAGAGCCUUGCUUUAAAGCUCUCAGUGAAUUGAACGAAGAAUUGGUUAAGAUGUCUGUUCUUUUAGGCAAUGGGUUUGUGCAUUCAGCUGCUGAUGUCAUUGUCUUUUCCACUGUUCACUCAUCUGUGAUUGGCCUUUCAAAGUUGGAUCAAGACAAAUUACCACAUUUGCUUAGAUGGGUGGAUUACAUCCAGAACAAGGCUGAUAUGGAAAAUCUAUUUGAAAGAAUCAAACUUGAGAAGGUUGAAUUUGACCCUCCUGUAGUGAAAGUUGUGAAGAAGGCAGAAGUAGAUUCAAAUGUAAAAAAUCCUGAGCAGGGGAAGAAAGAGUCUGGUAGUGCAGAAAAUGAAAAACCAAAGAAGAGUGCAGAAGAUGUAAAACCAAAGAAGAAUGCUGAUGCGAAAAAAGCUGCAGGGGGUAAUCAAACUACCACAGACAAUAAGAACAAUAAGAAAGUGCCUGAAAAAGAAGUGGAUGAGAAGGAUAAAGACAUUAGUGUAAGUUUGCUUAAAGUACAGAUUGGUCAUAUUCGUAAAGCAUGGAAGCAUCCAUCAGCUGACAGUUUACUAGUUGAGGAAAUAGAUGUUGGAGAAGCUAAAUGUCGACAAGUGGUCAGUGGUCUGGCAAAGUAUUUCACUCCAGAACAAAUGACAAAUCGCCGAGUGGUGCUUAUCACAAACAUGAAACCGUCCAAACUUCGGGAUGUGACAUCUGAGGGGAUGGUACUAUGUGCUUCUAAUGAUGAUCACACAGUCGUGGAGCCUCUAAUAGCACCGGAAGGGGCAAAAGUUGGGGAAUGUGUGUCUUUUUCUGGGCAUGAUGGAAAACCAGAGGAUGUAUUGAACCCUAAAAAGAAACAGUUUGACAAAAUAGCUGUGAACCUCUUCACGGAUGACAAUGGCGUGGCCACAUUCAAGGGCAUCCCAUUCAUGACUUCUGGUGGGCCCUGCACAUCCUCCCUCCCUCGCGCUAGCAUCAAGUGAUGGACGCACAUUUGAAAAUCUUCACCGCGAAAAUUUUCUCAGUUCAACCUAUUAUAAUGAUCUUUUGUAGGGCAAACUGCAUUUUCUUGAAAAAGUUUUGGUUAGCUGGAGUUCUGCUGUAUGUUUGUAUUCUACAGUGAUGGGAUAUGAAUGGCGUACCUUGAAAAUCUAUGCAGAAAUGCCAUUGAUACGUUUUGUCUCUGAAAUCUCGAAGAUCAUGACUGCAAUUCGUAUCUCUAUGGUGCAUUGUGCA